AUGCUUGAAGGAAAGAAAAGGCGUUCCAAGUCAGGUGACAAUUUUACGGAGACUGCGCCAGACGCUACGCGGAAGAGCGCCAUUUCUGUGACCGAGGUAUCGUCAUCUAUCUCCAUCAGCGACUCCAUCACUGAAGCCACGACAGUGGUGCAUAAAUCUUCGAGCGAUGGCACCAUCGUGGGCAAGCGCUCCAUCUCGUUCGGAACUCCACGAAACAAACCGGCCAAGGCGCGCACGCCCUCCAGCGGUGCUCGUUCGGGCAAGGGCUCUAGCCAGGUUUCCGUGCUGACUGUGUCCAUUAGCGACAGUGAGGACGUGGAUCCCCGUGGACCACCGCAAUCCAGGAGAGCGCGUGCCCUCCUGACGCCCAGGUCGCGGCCGGAGAGCCCCCCAUGGACAUCAACGCAGCCAACUCAGCACGUGACGCGGUCGUGCAGCCGCCACCUCGCCAUGCAGCGGGCGGCGCAAAUGCGCGGCUACUCGAGAAGCCCUUCGCCAAAGCCCGGCUACGCGGUGGCAUCGGGGCGUAUGUACUCGGCAAGCCCUACACGUGUGCGCAGUCCCAUGCGUGUGCCCAGCCCUCGGAGGACGGUGUUUCAAGUCCUGGAUGAGAGCGCCUACUAUGCCGAGCCAGUGGUUCGGGACCGCGCACGCCUUAUGCGUCGCGAAGACCAACGCUUCCAAAUGGCCGCGGAUGAUCCGAAGCCUCAGCGCGACGGCAAGUGGCAUGAGCCGAAGCUUCGUGUGAGCUACGCGGCUCGUGUGCCAUCACGUGGCAGCCAUUCGGACAGUUCUGUCAGCUAUAGCGUGUCCUCAAAAACUGCACUGGACUACGAGAGGGGCGAUAGCCCACCAGGACUGACCCGGAGAGCCUCUCCGGACUGGCUCGAACGCAAUGGUUUGCUCCCGAAAGGGCCUUUGUCCCCGCCACCACCAAAACCCCCAGUGCCUCCACCAAUGCCACCCCCUAAAGGCUUCUCAAUGGGACCGCUUGGUUUCGAGAGCACCAGUACGUCAGCUUCAGCCAUACGUAUAACCAUGUCCCCGCCUCCCAUGCCCCCUGUCCCACCCAUGUUGCCGCCACCAACACCCACUGAAAUAGCAGCUUUACAGGCUGUAACGAUAACGAUGAAAGAUCUGGGACGGGAGCAAAGUUCCUCCGAGCAUGAGCUGUGCGCGGCGGAACUUCAGCGUCAGAUACUGGAGAAGCAGCAACUUCAACUUGAGCAACUGCUUCAACUUCAACAAACGCAAGAUUUUCAUCCACUGGAAGACGUCGAUGAACAGCAGUUGCAGCAGCAACUUAAAGAGCUGCAGAAAGUUCUACAACAGCAAGAAGGUGCACCCGUACUCCAGGUGCAGUUUCAAAGCCCGGCUGACCCAUCCGGGAAGCCUUCAACGCCGCUAGCUCAGUCUGUGCUUCAAGUGCAGUUUCAAAGUCCAUCACAGCCGCUGCCUCAAGUUUUUCAAGCUCAAAUCCCGACAAGAGCAGAGAGCCCCGGUGUGAUACAAGUUCAGCUCCAAAGUCCAAUUGCACCUUCGGAACCACAGCAAACGGAGUCCUUCAGUCAGAUUACUUCGCGUGUUGCGCAUCCAGAGCAACCAGGAGUACUGCAGGUCCAGCUUCAAAGUCCAUUAGACUUUCAAGCCCAACCAGUUUCCACCCAAGAAACUACACAACCCGGUGAAGUUUCAAUUUUACAAGCGCAGCUGCAGAGUGCUGUGGAUUUUUCUGCUCCGGCAGGACCUUCUCAAGUUGACCAGCUCAGCGUCCUCCAGAGCCCUUUAGAGCCUAAAAGCACAGCAUCGGAUCACGCAGGACUGUUUCAGAUGCAACUGCAGGGGCUAAUGGAUUUUUCUCAACAGCCACUCGCACAACAACAAUCUGAUCAACUUGGAGCAAUGCAAGCACAGCUGCAAAGCCAGCUGGGGUUUCCCAUGCAAGCGUCAUCUCAGGCUCAACAACCUGGGCAACCCGGUGUAAUCCAAAUGCAAUUCGGCAGUCCAUCAACGGCUUCUACAGGGUUCAUUGGCCAACAGACGGCGCAAGAAAGCCUGCUUGACCAGACAUUCCUGCAAUCAUCAACGCCACAAAUGGAUUUUUCCGGUCAGCUAAUGCCUGAAGUCCAUGUGGCCGGUUCGUCAAUACCGCAAAUCGGACUUUCAUAUCAAACAAUGUCUCAGAUGGAGCAGUCGAUGCAUCAAACAGGGCAGCUUGACCAGCUUGGUCCAUCAAUGCAAGAUCAGUCGUUUCUUCAAAUGCAGAUGCAAAGUCCACUGAUGACUUCAGCAGACUUCUCUAGCCAGCCAUUGCUGCAGUCACCUUUUCCAUGUCAGGAAAUGUCGCAAGAGCAAGGACUUGGCCAGAAUAUGCUUCUAGAGCAACAGAAAAGGCAAUUCUCACUACAAAUGAAUCACGGAACGUCUUCGAUGUCUAACUUUAUGCAGGAAUCGGUACAAGCUAUGCAAGCCUCAGGACAUGGGAUACCUGCUAUGCAAGGAAUGCAGGACUGGGCCCGUGAGCAAAUUCCAGGGGAGCCUAUGCCAUACAUGCAAGAGUGGGGGUCUGCGAUGCAUAUGCCUGGACAACAUUUUCAGAUGUCGGAGCGAAUGCCCGGAACAGCUAUGCGAGAUGCCAGACGUCAAGCUAUGAAUCAAAACUCGUUGUUCAACCAAACACCACCACAAGAACUUCCGUUCAGCCGUGGAAUGUCUCGAAAAGUGGCACCAAGUUCUUCCGUGCAAAUUAUGAAUGAAAUGAUGCAGGAAGAUCUACUUGCUAGUCGAUCAUCGCCGCAGAUGCAAAUCGCCGAACGAAGAAUGGAAGUUCAGCCCUCUGCAGAGUCGCCUUUUCGGGAUCCGUUUCAACAGAGAUCCCAGCCACAUACAGUGGUUAUGUUUCAGAGGUCUGAUCGGGAUAUUCGCCUUCCUCGACAAGAGAGCACACCAGAGCCAAGGAGUAGCGAACCGGGCAUGCAGCGCUAUCCGUGGUGCAGCCCCGAGGAACUUGCGAAACGGCCGUUCUUCUGGGGUACACCUGAGCCAAGGAGUAGCGAACCGGGCAUGCAGCGCUAUCCGUGGUGCAGCCCCGAGGAACUUGCGAAACGGCCGUUCUUCUGGGGUACACCUGAGCCAAGGAGUAGUGAACCGCGCAUGCAGCGCUUUCCCUGGUGCAGCCCCGAGCAACUAGCGAGACGGUCGUUGUUCUGGGGUACACCUGAGCCAAGGUCGCCACCCUCGGAUGCAUUCCCGCAGGCGCUUUCACCGCAGACGCCUUCCAGAACGGAGAUGUACCCUGGAAUGGUUUUUGAAUCGCCGCCCAUGCGUUGUCUUGAACCAUCAUUGCCUAUGCCCUCACCUUUACUACCCACAAAACCCCAGGUUUACCAAAGCUUCUUGGGUUUGCCUUCGCCUAAACAACCCACGAGACCCCGGGCUUACCAAACCUUCUUGCGUAUGCCCUCGCCUAUACAACCCACGAGAACCCGGGGGCCCCAUCCUUACGAAAGCUUCUUGCAUAUUCCACCUUCGCCUAUACAACCCGCCCACCAAAGCUUCUUGCGCCAUGCCCGUUCCCAGGACGCCUCUCCAGGAUUUCAUCAAUCCACGCCAAUACCGCAGCAGCAAUCAGAGCAGCCGAAAACGCCCCAGAUGCUGUUAAAGCCACCACAGCUGCCACAGUCGGCACGUACGCUGCAGCUGCAGCAGACGCCGCAGCCGCAGCAGCCGUCACCACAACCGCAGCCAUCGCAGUCACCAAAACAGCAGCUGCCGAAACCAUCGCAGUCAUCGCAAUCCCCGCAGCCACCAAAGCCUCCGCAGCCUGCGCAAACACCGCAGCAGCAACAGCAACAGCAGCCUGCGCAGGAGCAGCAGCAACAGCCGAAACAAGUUCACCAAAAGCUCCAGCAAACAGCGCAAAAUAGUGAGCCAUGUAUGCAGCAGAUUCCGCUACCCGUGACAGGCUACGAGCCUACAAUGCAAGGGCCUCCGUUUCCGAGGUUUCCGUUCCGUAUGCAGCGACCUCGCUCGGCAACACCUCUCAGAACACCUUCUCCUCUUCCGCCGAGACCCCCGUCCCCGUCGUUCAGUCCUCAAUCGCCACCACCGCGGUUUACCGACCUGCGUCAGCUUGAAUUCCAGACAAGGCUGCAGCAACAGAUGUUAGAGCAACAGCAGCAGCAAAUGCAGGAGCAAAUGAUGGCAGCAGCGCGCCUACAAUGUCCACCAAGGCCUCCAAGAAGCCCUACCGGCCCAGUCCCAAUGCACCGAAGCUCGCCCAAUCUUUUACCACCGUAUGGACAACAAAUGUUUAUGCAACAGCAGAUGCAAGACCAGUACCGUAUGCAAAGAAUGCAGCAAGCCAAUCAGAUUAAUCGUCUUCGGGACAUGGGAAGCGAUACUGAUGGUGGGGGUUACUUGCGCCGAAAGAUGCUCAGCGGUACAAAAAGCAGCCUGCCUGACAUGGUCAGUCCGUCAGAUUACGGAAAUACUACUGUAAACACAAAAUCAUUGGCAGCUGCAUCAAACUUGAUAGAAAAAAGGAAGCCACCGCCGCUCCCACCGCACAUUCAUGCGCACGCACAUGCGCAUAGGAACAGAACUAUCGACAUGCUUUCAUCAGCAUGCCUAGCCGAAGGCAGCUACGUGUCGCACCAGCUAAACUGGAACGUGAACCCCUGCGAAAGCAUGUACGAGUUCGUAUGCUCGAACAGCCCGGCCAAACCCGCUGAUGAGUUGCUUCUGUCCGACAUGGAAACUUCGCUGCUGCGCAAGCUUCGAGGUACAUCCACCGUAGGAAGCCCUGCAAUGAAGCUUAUACAAGACCUCUGGAAAGAGUGCCUAGAUCAAGAGACACGCAAUCGCCUAGGCUGGGGCCCCCUGAAGCACAUGUUCAAGGCUACAUCACUGGCAGACUGGCCAUACCAGCAGUUCACCACACAAGGAGAGCCAGCUAUUUGGCAGGCCGCAGCUCGCGCACUGCGCUACUUCGGCUUGGCCACGCUAGUUUUGUUAGAGCCCAGUGAACACCCUUUGUUGGGACGCAGCCCUCUGCUGGCCUUGGACAAGCCUGUGCUGCUGUUGCAUCCGGGAAAUGACAGCUCCUGGUACUACGAAGCAAUUUCCUUGGCCCUAUCUUCAGUAGCUCGCAAGAAUGUUGCCAAACACUCGGUAGCCUUGGACGUGACAAACUUCGCACGGCAGCUGUCCAGCGUUGUGCGGUCGCCGGGCGCCUCGGGUGACUUGGGCCGCGACGCCAAGCUGGAGCGUCUCCGCAGUGUGCCUCGCUACCGGGCAUUGCUGGCGGGCUACCUGCAGAAUGACAGCCUCGUGAACGACGACACUGAGCUGCUCCUGAGGGCGCCAGAGUACGCCAUCCGCCUCGGCUACCUGAUGGAUGACACGGCGCCGCACGUGGUGUUGAACUACAUCGGGUUCCGGCUGCUUGUUCACGUGUCGCCAUUUGUUCCCGAGUCGCUGCGCAAGCUGGUGCCUCUGCGGGCUCGACAGCUGGGACUGGGUGACCACGGCCCGGGACAGUUGGUGUGCCUGCGUGCCGUCGAGCACGCGUUACCCACGGUCUUCUACCGCGCGGCGUACGAGUUGCACCGGCCGCUGCUGGACGCACUGCUUGCGGCCGACCUGGGCGGCGUGCUGAAGCAGGCGCUGGCGUCACGGCUGGCACUCCUGCGCUGGCUGGACGGCGAGACGCGCGACCGUGCUCUACAGCGGCUUCACCAGCUCGAGCCUCGCCUGUUGUUCCCACCGUGGGUGACCGACACGGCCAAGGCAGAGCACGACGUUCGCCAGGCACCACGCGUGAUCGUGGGCGAAGGCCUCCGCUCGUACGCACGCAUCACCAAGCAUCUGAUGCAUCGCCGGCUGCAGAGCGCCGACCCGUGGCUCGGCCAGCCGCCUUCAGACGACCAGUGCUGGCUAGGUCCCGGCCGCCGCAUCCUCUACGUACCACUGACGGCACUGAAUGCGAGUGCGCCGCCUCAGGAGCCCUUCGUGCUGUUGCAGCUGGCGCGGCUAGGCGAACGUGCGGCGCGCUGCCUCGUACGCCUGGUGCUGGACGGUGCUGGCAGCCGUGCCGAGGACCCGCGAGCAUGGUGGACGCCCGCGGCGCGCCAGGGUCUUGCAGAGCUGCGCAAGUGCUACGCGCUGCAGAGCCGCGGCGACCGGCCGACCGCCGCUGAGGAGAGCGGCGCCCUGGUCGUCUCGCACGCGGCCUUCGAGGCACGCAUGCCGGCGCUCGACUUCCGUCUCGAAAACGCCGUUUCCAUGUCCCUGGACCAACUCUUCUUCAUCCACUACACGCUCGGAUACUGCACCGCCGACUCCGAUGUGGCGCGACGCGUCAAUUUGGCCCUGCUCAACUUCGGCGGUUUCCAGCGAGCGUUCACUUGCGACGCUGGGACUCCGAUGAACCCGCGCAAGAGCUGUGACUUCUGGUGA